ACUGGGGCAGGCGGUUCCUCUAAAAAGGGGGGAAGAAACGGAAAGCCGGAGAUUUGCCCGCCGAGGACGCUCCUAAGAAGAAAAAGAUGAAGAAGAAAGAAUUGGCUAUGCCCCGCUCAUCCUCGGUCUGCGAAGAGGAACUUCAGGCUCUAGUUCCUGAAGCUAUCCCUGAGGUUGGGACCUCGGAGGAUGAUGAGAAUGAGACUAUCGCCCUCCGCCGACGGAGACGGGAGAGUCGAGUCACCGAGGAGGUAUCCCGUGGAACCUUGGCCGGUGAUCUACCUUCUACUGAGGUUCCGAGGGGAAUAUCGACUUUGGGCGGACAGCGGGACCGCUCGAGGAAUGAGUCCCCUGCUCAUGUCACGGAGGGAUCUGAGACCCGAGUAUCCGGUCGCCCUAAGGAAACCCCGGCAGAUGAGUUCAGAUUCGAGUUUAACCGUGAGCUUCCGCUGGCUUGCUACCCGGAAGAUUGUGCUCGCCUGUUACGGUUGGUCAAAGGCGGUCCCGAUCAACUCCCUUCAGUGGGAGAUCUCAUCUUCAAAGAUGAGUAUGAGCACGCCUCUUGCUCGUCUGUAAAGAGCCACGGCGACUGGAAUGUUCUGGUCGGGAAGUAUGACACAGCCCUUAGGCGGGCCAGAGAGCAGAUCCGUGAGAGCGAAGAAGCCAAGAAGAAAGUGGAGGAGGCUCUUCGGGUGUCUUCGCGGGAAAAGGCUGAAGCCAUUGCUCGGGAGAAAUCUCUCAGGAAAGCGUUUGACGAGACGCGAACGUCUGAUGCGGCUGAACUGCAGAUGUGUAAGGAGGCGAUGAACAAUCUCGAGUUCGUGGUGGAUAAGCAGCGGAAGGAAAAGGCUGAUCUAGAGGCAAAAAUGGCUGCGGAAUUGCUAAGGCAUUCCGAGGAGAUGGACAGGCUUCGGAAAUCUCGUAAAUACGAGGUCACGCACGAGAGGAUUCGCGUGCUGAUUGCCAUGAUCGCUAAAGCCGAGAAACGCUUUCACAGGAUUUCCCUUCGUGAAGACAAAAGGGACAAAUACGACGAUGCUCGGUGUCUCUAUAGUCAAGCCUUCGGGACGAGGAAAUGUCUCGAGCAAAUCAAGGCCUCUGGUGUUGAGAUCCCGCAGGAAACCAUCGACUUCUUCAUCGGGCAAGAGAAGCACUACGAGGAAGAAGCAGAGCGUUUGGAGGUAAAGGAGAUUCCGGCGGAAGAUCUUUGCCUUUCUCCGCUAGUGUUGGAGUCUCGAUUUUUAAUCGAGGAAAUUGCCGCUAUUGCUCUGCGUACUCCUCUUCGUCCUGAAGAUCCGGUGGAGAAGCCCGCUCAAACUGCUGUAUCUUCCAACCAACCCACCGAUCAAGAUGCUGAUCUCGCGAAGCAGACAUCGGCGGGAGCGGUUGUUCACAAGGACGGGGCAGUGCCGACCAUUGUGCUAACAGAUUCCCCCGCUAAGGCGUCGAAGAAUGCCAGUUCAUCUGCUUCCUCGUCGGAAGACCCGGAGAAGGGUGACGAUGAUCCCGCGGGGAUGCCUAUUGCGGACGCGACUGCUCCAGCCCAGCCAAAUUUGGUCGCAUCUCGGGUCCCGGAGAAAAGACGGUGA